GCAGCGCAACACUGAACGUAAACGAAAGUAACGGAACUUAGAAUAUUCAGUCUCGACACUUAAUUCUCGUUUCUUCCAGUGAAAAUGAACUUUCUUCCGAAGAGGCCACCGAGGAGCAGACAGGACGAAGGAUGGUGGAUGGUAGGUCCAGCUUCUAAUUACAUGUAUUCAUCUGGAGGCCUCAGUGUGGCGUGCUGUGCGGAGCAAUUUCUAAUGUUCCAUCAUGGAUGAUCAUCUCUCCAUCGUCCUUCUGGGAAAAUCUGGAGUUGGUAAAAGUGCUUCAGCAAACACCAUUUUAGGACGAGCAGCGUUUGAAUCCAGAGCAUCAUUUGGACCAGUCACCAAACAUGUCACAAUGGAAACAGGAACAGUGUUUGGGAAACAUGUGACAGUCAUUGACACCCCAGAUAUUUCAGGAUCAGAGGAGCAGAUUAAAAACUUCUGUCAAUAUUUCCUCCAGGAGUCCAUGCCUUCCCUUUUCCUACUGGCUUUUAAAAUUGAUCGAUUCACUGAAGAAGAUCAGAAAACUGUAGAGGCAACAACCAGAGUUCUUGGGUCUCAGAGGAUGAAAAACUGUUACCUGCUCUUCACAGGUGGAGAUACUUUAAGGACAUCAUUGUCAAAUUACAUUUCAAACUAUAAAUCAAGUUUACUUCCAGACGUAGUCAGAAGAUUUUCAUGGAGGAUUCAUCUUUUCAACAAUAAAGAUGAGGGAUGGGAACAGGUCAGAGAGCUGCUGUUGAAGUCUGGACACAUCAGAAGAGGAACUGACCUUGGGAAGCUUUUGGAGGACCUGGAUCUGGGAUUGGAUCAGUUCUACAAGGAGAAACUAUCACUCAGCAAGAUACUGGAGAUCAAUGAGAAAACCAUCAAUGAUGAGCCUCCAAAGUGUAAAUCUGAUCUUCCAUGGUAUUUUUUCAAGAAACUGAUUAUGUUGAAUGUAACAUCUAGAAAGAUAAAAUGCACCUCAGAUUCUAACAGUGAUGAUUUGUUAACCGAUGAGUUUGAUUUUAAUGAUCUAUUUGCCUGUCAAAACAUCAUUGACUCUCUAAAUCCUCUUGAUUUAAUCACUGCUCUCUUCCUGUGUUCUGAUGGGUUUGUUCGUCAAGAGUUAGCUCUAAAAAUGUCCAUGUGUCAGUUCUCUGUUCCUCUGCUGCUUCCUAACUGUGAUACACAGCAGUGCACCCUSAUGCUGUGGGCCAUGAGAGACAUURUUAAGRAGUACAGACCUYCARRWCWUUCAGAAUCAAAAGGCUUCAUMRAAGAAAGAAUAGUUCUUUCUGAACUUCCAAUGAUCUCAUUUGUGAGAYUGGGUGAGKGCUCYCUGUCCAAAUCAGAGAUCCUYAAUAAACUUUUAAACAACCCARAUGACACCUUUGUUCACCAYAACMUGGAGUGUGGAGACRUUCAGAGAAGAAUAUCCAAUGGACUGACUGAAAUGACCUGGUACCUUCCCUGUGGAAACAAAAACAUGGACAUCKUCAGUGAACCAGUUGCUAUAGCUAACCUUCGUGGAGACAUUGCUUCAUUUGAAACACAAUUCUSCUUUUUGUGUCAGACAUCUGCUGCAGUUUUUGUUUUCUUUGACCARCUGRACUCUGASWRYAAACUGCUGAYKAACARAAACCACAAAGYUCAGAUYUUCUURGAGAUCAAARAAAUUGACCAACAACUUUCCAGCAGCUCACUGGGAGUUGAGCACUUCUUCCGUGAAAUGGGUCAGAUCUACGAAGCUUCUCUUUACCUUCCAGAAACWGAUCYAUCWCGUCAACAACUGCARCAUCUGCCCAAACUCUGUGCUCAGUUGUUGCUGGAUGGAUUUCCUCUUGAGCUURUAGAUGGAGAUGCUUCCAACAUUCCUCUCAGAUGGGUGAGUGAUGUUCUCUCUCAGCUCAAUGACUUGGUGUCUCCAAAGAACAAGAUCCUGGUCRUCACAGUUCUUGGAGUUCAGAGCACAGGGAAGUCCACUCUCCUUAACACCAUGUUUGGAGUCCAGUUUGCAGUCAGCAGUGGUCGAUGCACUAGAGGUGCCUUCAUGCUGCUCAUUAAAGUCAAUGAAGACUUCAAGAAAGUUCUAAACUGUGACUUCAUGGUGAUCAUCGACACUGAAGGCUUAAAGUCACCAGAGCUAGCACAGCUGGACAACAGCUAUGAGCAUGACAAUGAGCUG